AUCAUAUCAGUACUUUAUAGUUUUACUAUAAAAACUCCAGAUUCUACUGACAAACUUAUCAAUCACUUAAAGCCACACAAAACGUAUAUAACUUCAAUUUACAAAACUAAAUCUUAACAAAAUGUUCAAAUUGAUCGUCUUGGUAUUCGCUGCUCUCUUUGCCAUUGCUGCUGCCCGCCCCGGUUACUUGGCUUCUUCUCCCGUAGUCUACUCUUCCCACUAUGUACAACCUGUUGUAAGUGCUCAUUACUCUGUGCCCGUAGUCCAUGCUCCCGUAGUACAUUCUGCUGUUGUUGCCCCUGUUGUACACGCUGCUCCCGUCUAUCACUCUUAUGGUGCUGUCGUCAAGAGCUACGCUCCCGCUUAUGGUGCAUGGAAACAUUAAACAUUGUGAUAACGAUUAAAAUGUAAGCCAAGGACCUGAGUUAGAAUUUAAGAAAAAAAUAAAAUUUUAUAAAAAAAAAUAUUUAAAUGAAA